GUUAAAAGUAAUGUUCAUCGGACGGACGUCGUUUCGACUUUUGUAUUCCAUCAUGCAAUAAUUUUUUUCAUUCAUGAAUACGUCGUAUAAAAGUGUCUUAAAUGGUGUCGUCGUUGUGAAAACUAGUUAGAUAUUAGUUAAAAAUGAUAUUUUAGUGUUUGAUUUUGCAUAGUUCAUGUUGUAGUUCUUGAUAGGUCUGUGACAAGUACGGUAAUGGUGGCCAUGUCAUGAAAAUCCCCACAGCCAUGGAUGAUAGCUCCGUAUCUCAUCAUAACGGAGGGCAAGUGGGAUCUCAGAUAGGAGUUAGUGUAAAUAACAAACAAAAUGAAGAAUCUAGUCAAAGUGUCCAGUAUUCAAUACCGGGCGUUUUGCAUUUUAUCCAACACGAAUGGGCGAGAUUCGAACUGGAGAGAUCACAAUGGGAGGUGGACAGAGCCGAGUUUGAGGCACGGAUUGCCUUCCUACAAGGUGAGAGGAAGGGCCAAGAGAAUCUAAAGAAUGAUCUUGUAAGGCGGAUCAAAAUGCUUGAAUAUGCUUUAAAACAAGAAAGAGCAAAGUUUCAUAGGCUCAAGUAUGGAGUAGAACUUCAGCAGGGCGAUAUGCAUCCUCCACCAGAUGAACCACCACAAGAACCAGAGCCUGCUGAAAGAGCUCAAUGGAAACAGGGGCACCAACUCAUUAAACAAUACCUACAGGAAAUAGGAUAUACAGAUACCAUUCUUGAUGUACGUUCAAACAAAGUAAGAACUUUAUUGGGAUUAACUAAUGAAGAACAAGCAGAAGACCCUAGUUACAGAAACUGUGAUAAACAGCAACACUAUUCAAUGAACACAGCCUUAAGUCGCAAGAUGUAUGACUAUGGUAAGGAGCGACGUAAAGCAGGUGUCUCACAAGGAGGUGGAGGUUACAAUGAGGAGGGUCUCUCUGUACAGGAGACAGCAGCAGUAUUUGCGAAUUUCGAAUUCCUAGCUAAUCAGGAAAUGGACAUGGACGAAGAUGACUUAGAUGCCAAACAAAUGCACCACUCCACAGGGAAACAAGGCGAGGAGGUAGACAAUGACACGGAAGAAGUAUUAAACGAGCUGAAUCUUCUAACGGAAAGCGAAGCUGACAGCGGUGGCCAAGGAGAUGAAUAUCCGGCUGUUAAGUUCCCGCAUGCCGGUGGCGCCGCAGCGGGCACCGGUGAGGCGGACGAAAAGCCGCUCGCGCUGGGUGAACUGGCGCAGCUUACUGUUAGCAACGAGGCCGAGGGCUACGACGUGGCCAACGCCAGCAAAGAGUCCUUCCGCAAGACGUGGAACGCCAAAUACACUUUACGCUCGCACUUUGAUGGGGUACGAGCGCUCGCCUUCCAUCCGACCGAGGCGGCCCUAGUGACCGCUUCCGAGGACCAUACUCUAAAGUUGUGGAACCUACAGCGUACUGUUCCCGCGAAGAAGUCCGCUGGGCUAGACGUGGAACCCCUGUACACGUUCCGGGCUCAUACAGCGCCUGUCAUGUGCCUCGCCAUGGGCAUGCCGCGGUCCGAGGAAUGCUUCUCGGGGGGCCUCGACGGCACCAUCCGCGUUUGGAACUUACCACCGCCCAGCGCUGAUCCUUAUGACCCUUAUGAUCCUGCUGUGCAGGGCCCCGUGCUCCGCGACCACACGGACGCGGUGUGGUCGCUGGCGAGCGCGCACGGGCGACUGUUGUCGGCGUCGGCGGACGGCACGGCGCGACUGUGGGCGCCGCGCGCGCCACGCCCCCUCCUCGCAACACUGCGGGACGAGGCGACCGCGGGCGCUUCGCCCGCCGCCGCGGACUUCGCGGACGCCGCCACGCGCGCCGCGGUCGUCUACCGCGACGGGAACCUGCUGCUGUUCGAUCUUGAAACGGGACAGGCCGUGCUGCGCGUGGCGUGCGACAGCCUGGCGCACCGCGUGCGCUCGCACCCCACGCUGCCGCUGCUGGUGACGGCGCACGAGGACCGCCACAUCCGCUUCUGGGACGCGGUGUCGGGCCGCUGCGCGCACGCCAUGGUGGCGCACCUGGACGCCGUGACGGGCCUGGCGCUGGACCCCAACGGGCUGUUCCUGCUGUCGGGCAGCCACGACUGCUCCGUGCGCCUGUGGAACCUCGACACCAAGACGUGCGUGCAGGAGAUCACGGCGCACCGCAAGAAGUUCGACGAGAGCAUCCUCGACGUGGCCUUCCACCCGCUGCGGCCGUACAUCGCGAGCGCGGGCGCCGACGGGCUGGCCAAGGUGUUUGUGUGAAGCCGAGUCUAGUCCCGCUUUAACGUAUUAAUAUUGUAAACGUUGCGGACGCGCUCUCGACGUAGUGAACACUCAUCUAUGUAUAGACAUUUGAAAUCUAUUAUAAUAUAUUUUUAGAUUUUCAGUACGUGAAUUUUAGGUUUUUAUCGCAACUUUUUCACCGAUUUUACGAUACGCAGUGAGAAUAUUGUUCGUUUCUAUGCAUCUGUAAGCGAGACCUUUGUAAUAAAUAUCAUGAGGAUACCGACGAUGUUUCCUUGAUGCGUUUAACGUUUACGUGUCUGUACAGUUAGAGUUUAUGCAGUAUUUGCUGAUAUUUUGCAAAGUACGGAUGGAGUGAUUCGAUUAGUUGGUACGUUUUAUUUAAAUAAAUCGGAUCUACCUAUAUAAUAUAGUUAGUAUACUAUCUUGUUUUGUCACUUAUAUUGAAUAACUAUGCUCUCACGAUAUCUUAUACAAAUGAUGAGCGAGCGAACAAAAAUGAAUGAGUAGAAGUACUAUAUGGGAAGUAACAUAAGUAAUGUUUGUUCAUAACGCAUACUGCGAUGUAGAAUAUAUAUAUUAUAAAAACAUUACAUAUUCCUUUAUUUUCCUCGAAUUCUUGUACACAUCCAAAAUUGAUAGUAAAAAAACAACGUAACCGAAACUCAUAACUUUUUUUAUUUUGUCAUUCAUAAUCCUUAAACCUCACUUUUUUCAUGGGAUACAAUGCCCUUACUGCAACACAAAUAAAUAAUAAAAGUACAUACAUGA